AUGGCUCGUCUACGCAAGCCUAGUGCUGCAGAGCCGCCCAUAUUCAUACCACCGACAACCACGUCAAAACCCACUCGAGCAAGCCCGCGCAAGACGAUUCGCGAAUCGCCCUCGAAUCGCGAACUGCGCUACACAUCCUCGCAAGAUCCCGGAGACUCCUUCCUCGUACCGAAAGCACCGGCGAGCGACUCGCCGGUUAGAAAGCAGCGCGUGCUACGCCCGGUUGCGAGCAACAGUCGACUGUUGCGGAAGCUGAGCAAUGAGAGCUUGGCGACGCCGGAUAGAAGGGGGAGGCGGAGCGAGAGGGAGCGCAAUAGCCAGUUAAGCUAUUUCUAUUCGAAAACUUUGGCGAAGAGCGUCGCGAGAAAGCAGGGGAAGGGGAGAAAGAUCGAGCUUGGGGUAGAGGUGGAGCAGGAGACGGUGCUGGAUGAGGGCAUUGAGGAGGUGGAGAAGAGUAUAAUGUGUGGAGAUGAGAAGGGUAACGAGGAGAAUAUUAGGGAGGUUGAAGAGGAAGAGACUGAUGAGGACGAGGAGCCGGUGGUCGCUGUGAGGAUGAGGCGGCUUCAACGACCAGCGCGACGGAUGGUAUCAGACACUGAGGAAGAUGAAGAUGAGAAUGAGCAAGUGGCUAUCAAGAGUAGGAGCCGUAAUACUUCGGCGCAGGAAGCCGUACCAAAGCCUUCGACGGAGAUGCCACCGCCCCUCACAUCUCUAAGACUUCCCUUUCGAAAGGGUCAUAGCACGAUCUCGAACUGGGCUCAGGAGGUCAUUGACUUGACGAGCUCGCCCGAGCCGCCAGCCUCUUUCGUUCUUCCACCGCCAACGCGGGUUCGUACCGCUUCCUUCGCUGCGUCGUGUCGUCCGACUAGCUCAGCAUCGGCCGACGUUGCGGCCAUGCUCCACUUCUCUCCCACUCCCACCAAACAUCGCUCGCCACGAAAAGCACCUCCGGUGUCCCGUCCCAGCACUCCUCCCCAACUACCCAGCCCUUCCAAGCUUGUCUCUCCCUCGAAGAAGAACCCACGCAUACCCCACGCUCCUGAUCUCCGACCAAGCAUUGACGCAUUCUGGAACCCCGAAGUAGUCAAUGAAUGGAACGACAAGCACUCGCCUUCUAAGCCCCUGCUCUCUCCACGAAAACAAAAGCUCUUCAAAACACUUGAAGAGCAAGUGAACGCCAUCACGCUCUCGGAUAGCGAUAGCGAUGCUCCAUUCCCAUCUCCGACAACAUCACCUCGGAAGAAGAAGCCCCAGAGCCCAACCAAGAAAGGCUCGUCGGGCUCCUCCUCUCCUUCCGUAGCGCACGUCCGCGCCCAACGCAAAGACUUCGCUACUCGCAAACACGCCAUGGCCGAGGCCUUCGUCGCCGAACUCGACAACACCAUCACAAACGGCCGGAUUGCCUCGCUCUCCCAAUCUACAGGCGGCAUAAAACUAAUCUGGUCCAAGACACUCAAAACAACUGCCGGCCGUGCCAACUGGCGCCGCGAGCAAAUCCGGCUGCGCACCGGUCCACUCCCCAGCGACCUGCGCAUCGAGAUCCGGCACCACUGCAGUAUCGAACUCGCGGAGAAGGUGAUUGAUGAUGAGGAGAGGCUGUAUAAUGUGCUUGCGCACGAGUACUGCCACCUGACGACGUUCAUGAUCAGCGAGGUGCGGAAUAAUCCGCACGGUGCCGAGUUCAAGGCCUGGGGCGCCAAAGUAACGCGGGCGUUUGCGCACAAGGGCAUUGAGGUCACGACGAAGCACAGCUACAAGAUCGAGUACAAGUACAUAUGGGAGUGCGCAGUGUGCGGCUACGAAUUCAAGCGGCACAGCAAAUCCGUGGACCCUACGCGGCAUAGCUGCGGGCGAUGCAAGGGCAGGCUUGUGCAGACGAAACCCGUUCCCCGCGCCGCGCCGCUGGGCAAGGAUGGGAAGAAGGAGAAGAGCGAGUACCAGGUCUUUGUUAAGGCGAACUUUGCGAGAGUGAAGAAGGAGAUGGAGGGAAAAGGGCUGGAUACGCAGAUGGGGAGGGUUAUGGAGGCUGUGGCGAGGGAGUAUAGGGAGAGCAAGGGGAAGAAGGAGAUGGAG